AUGGUGAAGUCGAAGAUUCAGGACAAGGAGGGGAUCCCUCCUGAUCAGCAGCGUCUCAUCUUUGCUGGCAAGCAGCUCGAAGACGGUCGAACUCUGGCAGACUACAACAUUCAGAAAGAGUCGACGCUGCACUUGGUCCUGCGCCUUCGAGGAGGAUGCUGGAUGUUUACAAUCACUAUCCUGAUCAUCAUCUUUAUCGCUAUCCUCAUGAGGUACUCGUAUGACUCUCUCGCACUCCUCUCACUCCUUCUGCAGCUUCUGCACGUGCGGAUGCUCUCUGGUUAUCAUACCGUUCCUCGUUCCCUUCCUCUUCAUCCUUCCAUGUGA